AUGAAACUUAUGUUACUUGCCAUUAUCCUCGCUGUGGCAGCCGCCGCCCCCCAGCAGCAGCCGCCCGUCGCCAUCCUCCUGGACGAGCGCGUCCCUCCCGAGAACGGCGCUUACUCUUUCCAGUUCCAGGCAGAGAACGGCAUAGUCCAGAGUGAGAUCGGAGCGCCGGGUUCCCAAGGCCAGACGAACGUUCAGGGAGUCUUCAGUUUCCUCAUGGAUGACGGACGCGUGGCUGAAGUUAAAUACCAAGCCGACGAAAAUGGCUUCCAGGCCGAGUCCCCUCUGCUGCCCGUGGCUCCGGAGUUCCCUCACCCCAUCCCGCAAUUUGUGCUCGACCAAAUUGCUUUUGCUGAAGAACAAAGUCGUUUGGAGGCUCAACUGCAGUCUUAA